CCAAUUUAAUUCAAGAGAUGAAUUCUGAUGACCCAGUUGUGCAGCAGAAAGCUGUCCUGAAGACAGAAAAGAAACUGCUGCUUAUGGAGGAAGAUCAAGAGGACGAUGAAUGCAGGACCACCUUGAACAAGACGAUGAUCAGUCCUCCACAAGCUACUGUGAAGAGUGCAGAAGAAAUAAACUCAGAGGCCUUCUUGGCAUCUGUGGAGAAGGAUGCGAAGGAACGAGCCAAGAGAAGAAGGGAAAACAGAGUCUUAGCAGAUG